AUGGCUUUGAACCCCAAGGACCCCAGUGGUGGGUUCCACCAUGCCGAGGUGGUGGCCUUCAUUAACGAGAAGAUGGCCAGGCACGCGAAAGGCCCUGAAUUCUACCUCGAGAAUAUGUCCCUGUCCUGGCCAGAGGUGGAAGCUAAGCUCGGGGCUAUCCUGGAAGACAGCGAGAUGUCCAACGAGGUCAAGGAGGCCUGCACCUGGGGCAGCCUGGCCCUGGGCGUGCGCUUCGCUCACAGGCAGAGCCAGUUACAGGGGCUCAGGGUGCAGUGGCUUCACGACUUCGCCAAGCUGCACCGGUCUGCUGCAAAGAACCUAGCCGCAGACCUGAAGAAGCUCACCGAGCAGCAGGAACUGGAACGCAAGAGGGCGGCCUUCCAGCUGCAGCUGCUCCGGGCCUCCUUAGCAGAUGUGCAGAUGGAGAGGGACCAGUUGAAGUGGAAGCUCCUCCAGGCAGAGCAGCAGCAGCCCCUGGAGCCAGCCACAAGGUGGCCAAGCUUGUCCACUGCUCAUGCGGCUGGGACAAGAGAAGGCAAGGAGGAAGAGGAGGUGGUCGCCACAGCGGGACCAAGGCUGUUCACUGCCAGUGCGGCUGGGGCGGGAGGAGAAAGCAAGGAGGAAAAGAAAGCAGUGGCCAUAUGCCACAGGAGAAGAGGAGGAGAGGGAUAUGGCAGGUGCUGCCAUCGCACCUGCUACCAGGGCUACACAGGAAUUGAGUGGAACCUUGCUGAAGUUUUCUGGAGCUACGGGGUGGGAAAAAAUCAUCUCUGGAGGGCAGAGGGAGGGAGAGCGCAGGUUAAUGGAAACAGACAUAUUUUGUUUCUCUGA